GGAAACGAAAAUGGCUGCGGAAUGUUGACAAACACGAUAUGACAGAAACUGUUAGACUAAAGGGUUGUGUUUUGAUAAUUUAAUUGACAUCCAAAUGGACUAAGGAGAUUGGUUCUCGUUGGAUGAGUUGACGAAAAAAAGAAAGUAAUGUUUCAGAGAAGUGAUAGGUAUGGGGCUGGAGCCAGACCUCGGGAAAAUCGACUAUCUCGACAGGAUCCAGGUCGCCGAGGAGCAAGUCAGUCCAUGAACCCACCCGACUACCCAACACCUUCAGCAGAGUUCACACAGAAUGACUACAAGGAAUUCGUUGUGAGGUUUGCUGGGGUGAUACCUGGAGUACCGAUGGAGGUGGAUGUCACAAAUAGGACAGAAGUACUGAGGAUAAUUGAUGGAGGAAAGAAACAAGGAAGGAUCCCCCUUCAGGCGAAGUUUGAGAUGGAAGUCACUCUCAGUCUUAGUAAGACCAACAUCAAGUUGCUGAAGAGAAUUGGUGAUGAGGUGAUUCUUCGGAUUCCAAUUCAUGAAAUAGCUGCCAUCUGUUACAUACAAGAUGAUCGUGUACACAUAUUGUCUAUCAAACAUGGAAAACCAGAAAACUGUGAUCUUGCUGUGAUGUAUUGUACUAACCAGGGCCAAGCUCAGGAUAUUUGUGCCUUGGUUGAGAAAUGUUUCCAGAUGGUUUACACCGACUUUACCAUACAGUUGUUAGAGGAGGCUAUUGACGACAAGUCCGUCAACUCCACAGAAUCAACCAUAACAUCCUCAACUAAUGACAGGCCUUCAUUCCCCAACAUACUUUGGCAACAAAGGAAAGAUAUCAGUGAAGCUGAAGAUAUGUCAAAGUCACGGGAGCGGAUCUAUGUCCCCAGCAGUAAGGAUCCUAUGACCAGGACACACAGUGAAUCUGGAAGGAGUGAUACCAGCUCAAGGACAAAAUUAGUUAAUGUUUAUUUGGAAGAGCUUCCAAACCAGUUUAACCUAGAGGAGUUGACGACGUUUGCUGGCUUGCUUAAAACACUUACUGAUUCCAGCUCCCAUAUGCCGUUUCCUGAGUUCUGUGAUCGGGUAUUCAAAUUGUAUGGUCCUCAACGCAAAAAUUUGCUAGGAGGACUUUGCCCCUUUAUCCCAGAAACUGACUAUCGUUACUUUGCUGACUUCUUGAAGAAACAUGAUGUUAAGGAACCUGAAGAUGGCACAUUGUCUAGUCGGAACAGUUUCCCAGGAAAUUACAGGAGAUCUGUUAGUGAUGUUUCCACUGAUGGAAGUCACAUUGAUGACAUUUUGGACAAAAUAUCCACACAAUUCCAACAAAUAGAUGCUAGUAUGGGUAAUGUGAGCAACACCUACCUCAACUAGAGAAUCUUUAUCAUGGUGUGGAGCAUGGUAGCUAUGAGAGCUGUCGUUUGUAUAUGUCGGAGAGAUAUACAGUGCCAUCAGUACGAUGUGGACAGGGAUAUGGAGAGUCUACACAUUGGUGAGCUGAUGAACUUACUCAUAUGAUGAAGGAAGCUGUCAUAUAAGAUGGACCGACUUUGUCUUAAUGGUGCAUUCACAGAGGAAUGGUGCUACAGCAAUUUAAUCAUAUCAAGAACAAUCUGUGAUUCUACUUCAUUUUCAUUCAAAUUUCAUUACCUUAUCUAGGCUUCAGAUGUGCAGCUUUGUUUGAAGUGAUGUUAGGCUGUGGACAAACAUACAUGUAUGUUGUGACUUCAGAAUACUGAACUAUCUAUUUCUAUACAUUAAGCCUACCAGGGGCCUCGGUGGCCGAGUGGUUAAUGUGUCCAGACACUUUAUCACUAGCCCUCCACCUCUGGGUUGGGAGUUCGAAACCUAGGUGGGACAGUUGCCAGGUACUGACCGUAGGCUGGUGGUUUUUCUCCGGGUGCUCCAGCUUUCCUCCAACUCCAAAAUAUGACCUUGGCUAUUAUCACGACAUUAAACAAAAACAAACAAACAAAUUAGCCUACCAUCUGAUCAUGGUGGGCUGUUCAAAUCUCUCUUUGACUUUGUUGUUCCUCCUUGGUCUGCUUCCUUAGAAAUAAUUUGUUAUAGAUAUAUCUCAAGAAGUAGUACUAGGAUCUUUUGCAAAGUUCUGAAGUAGCUUCCAAAUAGUUCCUGGUCGCCUUUGUUUUUGAAACAAUGUUGUCACUAUAUCUACAUGAAGUGACCUUUCUCAAAUUCCUUAAUUGCGCAUGUUCAAUUUAAGAGUGAAGAUACCUCUCGGAUUUCUUUCUGUAUGGUUGGUUAUGCUUGUGGGGAAUUUAGUUCACUGUAAAAAUAAAAGGAAGUAUUUAUAUACGCAAACACAAAUUUAAUGUAAAGAAUUGUUGCCUGCAGAAUUUUUACGACGCCUGAUUACACAAUUUAAAAGGACUAGGUCCGACUGGGUUAAUGGUGAAAUAUUAGCCCGUGAAAAGGACUAAGUCCGACUCGGACAAUGGUGAAAUAUUAGCCCGUGAAGUUUAAUAACUAUACAGUAUUUUCUCCUAUCACUCCUAUAUUCACCUUUUAUGUGAGAAUUAUUUAUAAUCAAAUCUUAUAAAAAAGAUGUAACUUGUUUCAUAAUUGUCCCAUUUUUUUAUGGUUUGAUGGGAUAUCUUUAUUUAAAUAUAUGUAUUGUGUUGUUUUUCGUUACUUGAUGAAUCUGUCUGAAGCUGAUUUGAAAUGUUAACAUGUUGUGAUUGUUUAUGUCUGAUGAUCUGAUGGUUGUGGAUAAAAUGUUUUUGUCAAGACUGAAUUGUUAGCUAGGUCAGCUGUUUUAUAUACAUUCAUCAAGAAAUAUGCAAUAACCACAAUUACAAAACAUAAAAAUAGCAUUCAUGUAGUGGCAUGAAUGCAAAUUAUACAGCCAUGAAUAUUUGACAAGUUAUGAUGUUAGAUAUUGAUAUUCAUGUUUUAGUGUACGUUAGAGUGUACAUAUUAUAUAUAGUGCUUGUUACCUUUUAAGGGUGUUAUAUGGAUAUAUGGUGAGGAAAAUCACUUGUUAGCUCACCUUGUCUGUAAUCUGGUGAGCUUUAAUUAUGCCAUCGCACGUCGUCUGUCUAUCCAUCGUCUGUGAACUUUUCCUUUAAAUCACUACUAGUCAUAAAUGAGUGAAUGGAAUUUGAUUAAAUUUUGUAAGAAGCAUCCAUCAGGGAAGGGGAACAAAUUUUGCAUAAAUGGUUACUCUGAUCCAACUGUGGCCCAAUAUGAAGCAUCCUUUAGUGACUGACCUCCAGGGGCCAAGGGAAAUAUAGAGAAAAAAUUUUAAAACCAAUUUUGUAUAAACUUUGUGUCUACCCAAAGGCCUGAAAGGUGGGGCUGAACAAGGGAAAUAUAGUGAUUUCUUUGAAUCCUUGUCAGACUUUUGUAGAAAUGUUUUGCCAUAAUCACUCCAAUAUCCAGGUGAGCAAAACAGGCCCCUAGGUCUCGUGUUUAAAUUUCUCAGGUUGAAUGUUUUUCCUCACCCAGUCUAUUAUAUACACUAUUCCUAUUUAAAACCUCCCUGAACGAACCUUAUUCUGAUAACUAAACAUAUAAUCAUGUAUCCAAACUUGAGUCCUGUUUUAAUUGUUAUGAUCUUAUUGUUUUAUUGCUUGCUAUUAAAAAAGAUCUUGUUUUCUGUUAAUUUAUAAUGUAGAAAUAUGUACCAUACCUUUCUAUUUUUAUACCAAUAAAUGCUACAAUGGAUUUUGUAGUAUCAGUAUUCACCUUGAACCUGCUUGUGGCUACAAGUUUUCCAGAGCAUGUACUUUUGUUCAUGACAACAUGUGUUGAUGUCAUUUGUUGCCAUAAUUCACCAUGGCACUAAAGUAAAUAGUAAACUAAAGUAAUAUUUUAGAAGUCUAUGUCCAAGUUCUAAGUUUGGGUGUUUAUUUAGUAUUAUGAUAUACAUAUAUUAUAUAUGUGUCAAUUCAUAGAAAGUGCCCUUGCUCAAACCUUCCUGGUUAUAAAAUGGGUAAAAAUUUCUUUUUUUCCCCCCUCAAAAUUUUACUACCAUUGUGUAAAUGACUAACAAUGUCUAUUUUUCAUUCCUUGGAAAAUUCCAACAUGUGAAUACUAAUGUAUCUAUAUUUAUCUGAAAAUUACCUGUAUAUACCAAUAUCUGUAUGAAUGAGUCCAUUUUAUGUUCCGAGAAAGAGUACUUGUUGUAGCUUGGACAAGGCUUAGAUAUUACAGAACACUUUUCUACACUAUCAUAAUACUGUAAAUAUUUACUUUUGACAUUAUGUAUACAGAAAUAUUGUUGUAGUGUAGCUAGGAGACAGAUUAGACCGACAUCACAGUACACUUUUCUACACUAUUAUAUAAUACUGUAAUUUUCACAUAAUGUAUACAGAAAUAUUUUAGUGUAGCUAGGACACAGAUUAGACCAACAUUACAGUAUCAUACUAUAAAUACAAUGAUCUCAACCUGAAGCUGUGCAGUCAAUGGUGGCUUACACGCUACGAUAUGUAAAUAUGACUGUACUGAAGCAGAAAUAAAAUACUGAUACACUUUC